AUAUUCUAUCUUUCCUCCAUUUUUUCCACUAUUGGUGUUCUUCUUGGAAUUGCUUUUUUUACUUUAGUAGAACGAAAAAUUAUAGGAAUUAUACACUAUCGAAAGGGGCCUAAUAAAGUUUUAAUCUGAGGGCUGCUACAACCAAUCUCUGACGCGGCAAAAUUACUAACUAAAGAAACCAGAAAAUUGCAACCCCUGAAAAGAUUUAUAUAUUGAAGAGCCCCCUUAUUAGGUAUACUACUAAUAAUGUCUUGUUGACUAUGAUAUGAGAGAAUCUUCUCUUUAUUAAGAAAUAAAAUAAAAAUCUUUUGUAUUUUAUCUAUUAUAAGACUUUCUGCUUUUGUGUUUAUACUCACAAGUUGGGGGUCGAACUCUAAGUACUCUAUAAUUGGCGGAUAUCGGGCUAUCAGGCAGAUUAUCUCUUACGAAGUUUGUUUUGUAAUUUUUAUUUUUGUGAUCUUAUAUCUAAUAAACUCCUACUCACCAAUAAAAAUAAAAAUAAUCCAAGAAAACUUAUGGUUAAUAUUUUUAUCAUUACCGUUAUUUUUUACAUGAGUAGUAAUAUGUAUAGCAGAAUCCAACCGAACCCCGUUUGAUUUAGCUGAAGGAGAAUCAGAAAUCGUUUCUGGAUUUAACAUUGAGUAUGGGGGUGGGUUAUUUGCCUUAAUUUUUAUUAUAGAGUAUGGUAUAAUCAUAUUUUUAAGAUUUUUAUCAACCUUAAUUUUUUUAGGAGUAAGGAUGUCUUUAUUAAAAACAUUAACAUUUUGUUUUUUAUUUAUUUGAAUUCGAUGCUGCUUCCCACGAGUCCGAUAUGACAAACUCAUAAAUCUUUGUUGAAAAGUUUUUCUUCCCUAUAGUCUAAGAGUAUUAACUUUAUGUUUACCUGUAUUUUUCUUAUAA